AUGUCGUCGACAGUGGCGGCGGACCCUGCCCCUCCAACGCUGAAGCCAUAUGCCUGUGUUUUAUGCCAACAGCGAAAAGUCAGAUGUGACCGGCAGAGCCCAUGUUCAGGCUGUCGCAAGUAUGAAGUCAACUGUAUAUAUCGCCCGCCACCAGCACCAAAACGACGCAAGCGACGGUCCCCAGAGGAAACCCUGCUUGCUAGGCUGCGCAAAUAUGAAGAACUCCUCGUAGGAUUAGGAGUGGAUGUGAGCAAUAUCGAUGAACAUAAAUCUGAUAGCCAGCAUGCGGCUCCGGAGGCUCCAGGGUUGACCUACAACUCUGGUAGUGGUAGUAAAACAGACCCUGAUGGAGACCAGGAGGAAGACUUGAAAAACCAGUUUGGCCGCAUGAUAAUCAGGGAUGGCAAGACUCAUCUCCUAGAAAACAGCCUAUGGGUGAAUUUGAGCAGUGAGAUUGGAGAUCCAGAUACGAUUUUGGACGUCGCAGGAGAUAAUGCCAAUAGUAAUGGAGACCCUUUCUUGUCACUUGAAGAUUCCCCUCUCUCGGAUGGUGGAGAAUUCAUUAUUGCUGGGUCCACUGGAGGGUCAGGAAGUCUGCGCGCCCUACAUCCUCAUACGGUACAGAUUUUUAAGCUGUGGCAGAUAUAUAUUGACAACAUGGACCCGGUGACGAAGCUGUGCCAUAAGCCAACAGUCCAGCAGCAGAUAUUGGACGCAACAUCGGACCUGGACAAUAUACCUAAAGAUGUCGAGGCGCUCAUGUUCGGCAUUUAUACAUGUGCGGUUGCUUCUCUGCGGGAAGAUGACUGCAUUUCUCGACUCGGGGAAACACGAGAGGCGCUACUUAGCCGGUUCCAUCUGGGAGCCAAGCGUGCAUUGGUCAGGGCUGAUUUCCUUACCAGCUCGGAUUUGACGGUGUACCGAGCAUUUCUUCUAUACUUGCUUUCCCUAAGAGAAUUCGUAGACGCACAGACGUUAUGGGUGUAUAGUGGUGUAGCUAUGCGAAUAGCACAACGCUUGGGGCUCCAUAGGGAUGGUGCUCGGUUUGGCUUGCCUAUAUUUGAGGUUGAGAUGCGGCGGCGUCUGUGGUGGCCCACUGUAUAUUUUGAUGGCCUCUGCGGAGAAUUAUGCGGCAUGGGCGCAUCCUUAGCCGCUGGUUCGUCUUGGGAUACCAAACUUCCACUCAAUGUUAACGACUCCGAAAUAACGCCCGGCAUGCGCGACCUACCGAUAGAGCACAAGGGAAUAACUGAAAUGAGCUUUUGUCUGGUGCGGUAUGAAGUAGGCCUAUUACUUCGUGACUUAGCCUCCCGGAACACAUUUGACGGGGCCUGGGGAGCAGUGACCGACAAGUCAAUAACAUUGAGUGACCGGCUUAAACGAAUUGAUGCCUUAGAGGCACUUCUCCAGGACAAGUAUAUGCAAUAUUGUGAUACGUCGAUAUCCUUCCAUCUUUUGACCUGGGUAGUCGGCUAUAGCUGCAUCGUAAUGCUGAGAUUCAGAGCACGAUCAUUCUCAAGAGAUGCCCAAAAUUCGCAAGAAGUACGCGACGCUUUGUUCGCCGAUACCCUGCAAAUAAUAGCAAACUACCAUACUUUCCGCCUGACCCCUGGCAUCCAACGAUACUACUGGCAUGUCACUGCAAAUUUCCAGUGGCAUGCAUUCAUCCAUCUACUGAACGAGCUUCAGACACGUACAGAAGGGGAACAGGUCGACAGAGCAUGGGAGGAAGUUGGGAACGUGUAUACUUCUAAACCAGAGCUGUUAUCAGAGGCCAAGAACCCGCUCUAUAUCGCAAUUGGGAACCUCACUCUGAAGGCCUGGGACGCGAGGAAGGCAUCUCUUGCACGAGCGUCGGGUGGUCUUAGCCAGGACACCAUUGUGCCCCCUUGCUUCAUUGAACCCCUUCGAGCUCGGCGAAUGGCAUCUGCUCCUCCAUCAUCGGCGUCGUCACCCCAGGUAGCGACUACCAGUGGGCAAAACAGUGCUCAAACAUAUCCGCCGGCUGGUGGUCAGAACCAGGUUUCAGCGACACCACCCUUAUUUCCGCCUACAAAUAUGGCAGUACCCACGUAUGAGAUGACUAAUGGGUACGGAUUGAUGCCAAACAUGCCUUCCUCCAGUGCUGUACCAUCUUAUGCGCUACCGGAUAACCCCGUUGACUGGUCUCAAUGGGAGACCCUCUUGCAAGGGUCAGCAGCUGAUAUGAACUUUGAGAUGUAA